GGGAAAGAAAAAAUUAUUGAACAGAUACUUAAGAAUGGAACUGUAAUCUUUCUUUAAAAGAUCUAUUAAGUUGAGGAAAUCUCACCUGACAGCGCUUCAACACAAGGAUCUUUUAAAGAAUACAGUAACAGAAGCUUUAAAAAUGCCAUCCAAACAAGAACCAUCUUUUUGUAUUCAAGAAACAAGCUUGCUACGAGAGAAUGUGUUGGAUAGAAUGUGUGUUCCUGCAUCAGUUGUUGCUGUUGAAAAGUCUACAUCUACAUCUCAAACUGCAACAUCAGAUAUUGUCUCCUACAGACUAAAAAAUGUGAAAAUAGAGUUGCCCAGAGUAAAUAUCCCAAAUGAAGUGAUACUUAAGCAUGAAAUUGAAAGGUAUAUGAAUUUAUUUCAAUGUAAAGAGAAGCCUGUAAGAACAUCUUUCACACAAGUGGAUGGGAAUGGCAGCAGUUUCCACUGUUCUGAAAUUACUCCACAUAGUAAACCAGGAGUGCAUUAUGAGGAAGGACAGAAAACCUCAGCAAAAAUACUCAACUUUAGCUGUACGAAAUGCCAAAACAACAUUAAGUACAGCCCAAAUGAUCUACAGAAACACUUUCAGCUGUUACACCAUGGAGAGUUGCCAUCUUACCCAUGUGAAAUGUGUAAUUUUUCAGCAGAUAAUUUUCAGUCAUUUAACCAACACCGCCGAACACAUCGUAGCACUUUAGUGAAAUGUGAAAUCUGUAAUGAUGACCACAGAUAUACUUUGUUGGAUCUGACAAAACAUUUCACAUCUAAGCAUUGUGUAAAUGGCCAUUUUCAAUGUGAAAGAUGUAUUUUUUCUACCCGAGAUGUGGGCACAUUUGUUCAACACAUUCAUAGACACAAUGAAAUACAGUAUAAAUGUGACAAAUGUGAUCACGUAUGCUUUUCAAAAGAGGAAUUUCAAAAGCAUAUUGUUUCACACACUGGCACAUUUCCCUUUAGUUGUCAGUAUUGUAACUACAUGGCAUCACGGAAAAAUUAUCUUUUAAAACAUAUAAUUACCUUACACAGAGACCACCUCUAUGCAAAAGAUAAAAUAGAUGCAGAUAAUGAAAAGAGGAUGAAAACAUCAACAGGACUAAAACUUAUCUUGAAACGGUACAAAACAGGAGCAUCAAGGAAGGCAUUAUGGAGACGCAAAAGAAUCACAAGUGGCAGUUGUAGAAUUGGAGAUGAGGAUAGACAGCUUCUCAAAAACACAAAGGAGAUUCAGCCUAAAUCUGAAGAGCAAGACCAGUCUGCAAAAGAAUUUGCCUUAAAUGAAGAUAACACUCUAGUAAAUGAAAAGCAUAUCUAUAACAGAGCAAAAUCAUCUCCAGCAUUACAGUACAACAGAGCAGAAGAUGGAGUGAGUUCUGGAAUGGGAUUGUUAAAAAAAGCUGUUCAUGGCCCUACAGUAUUGAUGGUUAAAAAUAAUAAAAUAGCUGUUCCUGCAAACUACAGUGCUAAAUUUAUGGGAUUCAAAAUGGUGGAUGGAAAGCAACAUAUUGUAAUAAAACUGCUACCUACUGAUAAAAAGAAUUUGCCUGCAGGAAAUAAAGUUGAAGAGGUUAAAGAUGGUUCAACUGGAUGUCUACCACAAUCAGUUGACAACCUAAGUUUCGCCUCAGGUGCUGGACCUCAUGACAUUAAUCAACAAAUGUCUAGGAAUAAUUCUGUUUGUUCAUUGAGAUCACCUCCAUCGGCAUUUUGUAGUCAGUAUUCAGGAAAAAUAAAGCAAGAAAGUAUGAGUUCUUUGAACUGGAAUGCAUCUCAAAGUGUUGCCCCUCCUGAUGCAGUUGUAGGAAAGUGUACAACUUAUCUGCCAGUGAAACCAGAUUCUUCAGUUCCUUGUGAUUUGGUGGCAAAGGCUGAUACUAGACAUCCUGUUUCAUGGAGAAAUUGUAUACCUCAGGACCAUCCUCAGGUUUCAACCUCUGCUGGUACACACAUGCUUCAUUAUGAUCCCAUGAAAAAAUCCUUUCCUCCAGAGUUCAAGGUCAUGAAUGGUGAGGUGAAGAACAGAAGUAAACAUAAUAAUCUUUAUCGUCGAUCAACUGAUGUGUCUAAUCGUGCACCAUUGCCUUUCCAUAAUUACUCUAAAAUGGGCAUUUUGGAUAAAUCUAUGGAUCUUGCGUCUAACAGAAGCUUUCCUUUGCAAAGCAGGUCUGCCAGUGAAACCACGGCUUGUGUUUCACGAUCAGCAAUGAGAUUAAAUUUAGAAAAAAGAUCUUUGCAACCUCUUUAUGGCUUUGUAAAUACUAAUAAUGCUCCAGUAUUCUCAACUAAUGAGCCCAGUUAUGCCACUGAUAGACAGCAUUGUGUAGAAAAUCAUGAACACCAACAACAUUUAAAUGCUAAGGUAAAUGAAGUAUUGGAUCAUGUGGGUGAAAAAUAUAAACAAGAGAAUGCUUCAAAUUGUGUAAAUUCAUCAGUUAUGCCUAAAAUUACAUCAGUUUUCUCACUACAAAGUAAUCAGGCAUCCAGCUAUUUGUCGCCUGAAGUAAACUGGUCAUUACAAGAUGUAUUGAAAGAACAGCCUGCUGUACGGCCACACAACUACACAAAACCUGGCUGUAAUCAGUCACUUCCAAACAAUCAAACUGAUGGUCAAACACUUGCACAUUUCAAAGAUCCAGCAAUUAUGUGCAGUUUAACCCAUUCCCCUCCUAAAUUGAAAAGAGAGUUGAAUUUGAACUGCAGUACAACAAAUGAAGAUAAGAACUUGAGGAACGAAGGACGAAUCCCAAUAACAUCUCUUAGAACAGAAGAAAUAAACCCAGCAUCAAAGACAGCAGCAGGCAUUGGUACACUGCUUAAGACUCAGACAGAUUCAAUCAUAAUGCACCAGUUGGCAAAAGAGAGGAUACACUACAGUAUCCGUGGUAAUAAUAUCCGUUCAUCUCAUCCAGAAAAGAGAAAAACAGUGCUAUUUCAGAAAUCCCCACCACGAUUUUUUGUACCUUUGCGCCUAGCCCACCAACAAGGGCUGCAAGUUAUUUCAGGAAUGCCUUCUCCAAAAAUACGUUCAGAUCCACAGGCAACACAAGGUGCAACUACAUCUUUGCUUUUAAACAAAGGACCUGGAAUGAUUUUGACAUUUGGUAGUGGGUCACUUGGAACAAUUGCAAAUGCCACUGAAAAUAAUGCUCAGGUUUUAGAGAAUUUUGCAUCUAAAGAGUGCAGCAAAGAGGAAAUAUCUUCAGCAGACAUGGGACUGAAAACGGACAGUUGUAAAAGUGUAAGAAAUUCUGCUAGUGUUAGUGUGUGCAGCGAGGCAGCUGGUGCUUCAUCCAUUAGCCAAUCCCAAAAUGAGCAACUUAACAUAAAUUCGGACAGUAGAAUUUCCUCUCUGAAAAUCCUUGCUGGAUACCAAGGCAGUACGAUUGCUUCUUUGGAAUCAGUAAAACAACCAGAUACUGGACCAGAACAACCUGUUUAUGCACUUUUGCCUGAUGGCAGACAAGCAGUUUUUCUUAAAUGCAUGUCAUCAAACAAGUCCCUCAUACAGAACCACAGUGUUCCUCAUGGUAUUGCUGAUAGUCAAAAUACUGAACCAAAGAAAACUGGAGCAAUGCAACAAAAGCUUUUUUUGAAAAUUAAAACCUUUCCUACUGUUGACAACUGUCCAGCAGUUAGCAAUUUUGUGUCCUCUUUACAGUUCAAUAAUAUGCAUUCCCCUAAUAGUACUGCACUAGAUCAGAAACAGACAGCUUUUUCUUCUAGCAAUGCCUUACUCUUACAACAUAGAUUGAUGCCAGCAAAUGCUAGUUUGGCAAGAGAUGAAUCAAAAGAUCCUUACACUUCUGUAGAGUCUGCACAUUCCUCUAGGCAUGCAAAGAUAUGGUGCAAAAAGACCCCAUCUAAUUCAGUGCAAACAAUACCUGCUAACGAAGGGAGCAGUUUUGGAAGCCAAAUGUCGGGCACUAUGGCAAAUAAAUUUUCAAAAGCUAAACAUCUUUCAAAACAAAUUGGUGCUAAAGCUUCUGAUGCUACAGCAUCACAGAGGAACCGGAAUCUGAAACGGAGAGCUAGGGAAGACCUCCAAGAACCCCCCAGGAAGAAAACAUUGCAUCGGAAGUGUAAGGAGAAAAAUCAAAUGGAUGUGAAUGAGUUCGAGUCAUUGCUUCAUGCCCCCUGUAGACCAAGAAUGCCAAAAGACACUGAAAGGAUUCUAAAGUUGCUUCCUUUUAAUUCCAAACAGCUUGUCAAAUGCCCCAGAAGAAAUCAGCCAGUUGUAGUACUAAACCAUCCAGAUGCAGAUGUUCCAGAAGUUGUAAAUGUUAUGAAAACUAUUGCAAAGUUUAAAGGACAUGUGCUAAAAGUCUCUUUGUCAAAGAGAACUAUUGAUGCUCUUUUGGAGCCAGCAUAUUAUAGUAACAGUUUGUACAUAAUUACUGAUGAUCUUUCUAGGAGAAAACGUAAAAUGCUGAAACCUGUAAGUCCUGUAAAAGAAAGGUUUGUUUUAAAAUUAACACUGAAGAAAACUAGCAAAAACAAUUAUCAGAUUGUGAAAACUACCUCUGAUAAUACGCUGAAAAUGAAAUUUAGCUGCUGGUUUUGUGGGAGAAUAUUUGACAAUCAGGACAACUGGGUAGGGCAUGGACAGCGUCAUCUAAUGGAAGCCACUCGUGACUGGAAUUCAUUAGAGUAAUUUAUUAUGAUUAAUGAAGAAAGCAAAGCAUCUUAAUGGCAGAUUAUUUUGGACAACAGCAUCAAAAUCAUGUUUUUUU